AAGCCUGCUCCGCCUCAAAGAUAUUCAGGAGUGCAAGAGAAAAUAGCCCUCUCUUCCGGCCAACUUCACCAUGGCGUCUGGUACAUUGUACACGUAUCCAGAGAACUUCAGAGCUUUCAAAGCGCUGAUUGCAGCUCAGUAUGCUGGUGGAAAUGUGAAAAUAGCUUCUGGAUUUGUAUUUGGUGAAACCAACAAAUCAGACGGCUUUUUAAAGAAAUUUCCUCUCGGAAAGGUUCCUGCUUUCGAGUCCUCUGAUGGCAAAUACAUCACUGAGAGCAAUGCAAUUGCUUACUAUGUGGCCAAUGCACAACUUAGAGGCGCUAACGAUGUUGAGAAGGCACAAAUAUUGCAGUGGCUGAGCUUUGCUGACAGUGAAAUCCUGCCAGCCUCAUGCACUUGGGUGUUCCCUACACUCGGCAUUAUGCAAUACAACAAACAGGCGACAGAGCGAGCGAAGGAAGACGUGAAGGCGGCUCUGCAGGUGUUGAACACUCACUUGCUCACAAAAACUUACCUGGUCGGCGAACGGAUCACUCUGGCCGACAUCUGUGUGUGCUGCACUUUGCUUCAUCUGUACCAGUAUGUCCUGGACCCCAGCUUUAGGCAACCCUACCAGAAUGUCAACAGAUGGUUCACCACAAUCAUCAACCAGCCCCAGGUAACUGCUGUCAUCGGUUCUUUCAAGCUUUGUGAGAAAAUGGCCGAAUUUGAUGCCAAGAAGUUCGCCGAUGUCCAAGCCAAGAUUCAGGACCGUAAGCUUCCUCCAAGUAAACAAUCGUCUUAUCUUUACCUAGCUGCCACCAAAGGAGGAGCAGCGAAGGAGACUGCAAAGAAGGACAAGAAGAAAGACAAGGCUCCAGAGGAUAAGAAAAAGAAAGAGGAGAAAAAGAAGGAGCAAGAAGAACCAGCUGAAGAACCUGAUGCUGCAGAAGCACUACUUGCUGCUGAGCCUAAGUCUAAGGAUCCUUUUGAUGAAAUGCCUAAAGGCACUUUCAACAUGGACGACUUCAAGAGGUGUUACUCCAAUGAAGACGAAGCUAAAUCCAUCCCCUACUUCUGGGAGAAGUUUGACAAGGACAACUACUCCAUCUGGUACGGAGAGUACAAGUACCCCGAAGAGCUCAAGAAGGUCUACAUGAGCUGUAACUUAAUUACAGGUAUGUUCCAGAGAUUAGACAAGAUGAGGAAGCAGGCCUUUGCCUCGGUCUGUCUGUUUGGAAAAGAUGAUGACAGCACCAUCUCAGGAAUCUGGGUCUGGAGAGGCCAGGGUCUCGCAUUUGAGUUGAGCCCUGACUGGCAAAUUGACUUUGAGUCGUAUGACUGGAAGAAGCUGGACGCUACCUCAGCAGACACCAAGCAACUCGUCCAACAAUACUUCUCAUGGACAGGCAAAGAUAAGGCUGGCCGGGAAUUCAACCAGGGCAAAAUAUUUAAGUAAAUAAAUCGAUAUGUCUUGUUUACCAAUGACUGAUUGUUUUUUAUACCUUUUCUCCUGUUUUGCAUUUUGUCCUUAAUGUUAGGUAUCUAAUUUAUUUGUGAAUGGCCACUAAAAAUAAAUAUAUACUCAUUUGAGGAUUUAUUAUGGA